AUGGACUAUACCUCUGGACAGGAGAUACACAAGGCAUCGUCUGCUAUUCUGCCACUUCCCGAGGACGUCGUCGCACAGAUCAAAUCUUCCACUACAAUCACCAACCUCAAUCAAGUAGUUCUUGGCUUGUUCGAAAACUCCCUGGAUGCACAGGCAACAAAGGUUGACGUUUUCGUUGACUUCCGUCGAGGCGGUUGUACAGUUGAAGACAAUGGUAUCGGCAUCUUGCCCUCGGAGUUUCGUGAAACUGGAGGUCUGGGUCGCGUGUACCACACAUCCAAGCAGAAGGAUAACACACAACGUGGAAUUCAUGGUGGUCAAGGAACGUUUCUGGCAUCCAUAGGAGCACUCUCGCUUCUUACCAUCACAUCUCGGCAUGCUCAGCACUACUCCCAUAAUACUCUGAGCCUCCAUCGAUCGAAAGCGAUCUCCAGAAUGACUCCUACACCACCUCAGAAUGAGAUUCGCACUACCACUGGUCAUGGUACACGCGUGUCAGUCAGAGAUUUGUUCGGCAACAUGCCUGUAAGGGUAAAGCAACGAGCCAUUGCUGAUGAAGGAGGUCUUGAAACUGAAAGACAAUGGCAAGCUCUGAAGAUUGGACUGGUGGGCUUGCUUCUACCAUGGAACCGUCGCGUCGCCGUCAAAGUCACAGAUUUGAACAAUCCAGAAAAGACCAUCGUCAUCAACACAGGAUCACAUUACACGCCGAAUGCUCUGAGCGAGAGGAAUUUGAACCUCUUGAAUAAGAAGAUGCCAGACUUCGAUCAAAGUUCUGUCUUGAGUAUCCUAUCUCAAUCCGGUAUCAUUUCGACCGACUCCAAAAGUAGCUGGAUACCAGUAUCUGCAUCGACUUCUUCGGUCACAAUCAAAGGACUCAUAUCAAUGGAACCGGCGCCUAGUAAGAUCGCCCAAUUCAUGUCUAUCGGUUCCAUUCCUUGUCUGGACGAGAAUAGACACAAUGGGCUCUAUGAAGCGGUCAGCCGACUNUUUGCUCAGUCCAAUUUUGGUCACGUAUACGACGAGUCUGGAUUUGACGAGGCAGAGAUGGAACGUCGACAGCACGAUCGACGAUACAAAAAGGAUGGCCCGACGAACAGACAGCUUUUAGGCGGCAGGAAGGGAGUAGAUCGCUGGCCCAGAUUCUAUUUCCGUAUCGAUUUGAAGAUCGACGAGAGCAAACAGCACGUUAGCAACCUCAGUGACAUACAUCUCAAGAACAUCAUCAACGUCCUCGAGAGCUUGACCACGCAUUGGUUGGAAGCGAACAACUUCCGACCAAAGAGGAUAGGACAAAAGCGAAAGCAAGUCGUGGAUGAAGUUGAAAGGUCAAGCCAGACAGCCUGUGAUGUUCUAGCGCCAGAUACCAACAGCCGGUCUUCGUCUGCUCCCUUGCAAUUCGCCCCCGGCAGCAGGACUCGCCCCUCAAACCAAGCCGACAACACGAGCACAAACAGCCGAAGCUCUAAGAGAGUGCGGCCAUUACCAUCGACAGACAUGGCGGCACCAACAAUGCCUUUUACAGACUGGAGCCGUAUCAAGAGCGCCCAACCACAGAUGUAUGACAGGAUCUGGAAUUGCAAAAUACCACAAGCAAGACAAUCCACCGCAAGUGAGUCAACAGUGCAGGAGACAAGCUAUAUGCCAGAACCCCCUGCCACGAUCGAGGUGGAAGCUAUUGAUGCGAAUCAAUUUGGACUUGCACAUGACAGCUCGCGCGAGGUGACAGCGCCUCAAGAAUUGGACCACAUCCAAUGUGGAGAGACAUACAUUGACUGGAUCGAUCUGAAGACAAAUCAGAGGCACCAUAUCAACGCACGUACAGGCAUCAUGAUGCCAGAAAAGGUACAUCGGCCGGUCUCCAAUACUGCAUACCCAGUCAGAUCUACUGCUGCUGUGGACUCCCGCUUAUCAUCGUUCGGCAAGCCUCUUGUCCUAGAGCGAAGGAAGACCUUUACGCCACCCACAGUUGAGGCGAUCUCGACUGCUGAGUCCAGUUCAUCUUGGCUUCAACGAUUCCUUCAAACAUGGAAGAACCCGAUUUUCGAAUCUCAGCCAGAACAAGCAAUACCAACGGCUAGUUGUUGUGGGCCAGAGCAACAAGCACUUCACACGCAUGAUCUUCAUGGACAACGUGCCAUAGCUGACUCGUUCUCGCGUGCUGGAACGACUGAUACAAGUCGACUGUCAAAAUCCGCCUUGCCGUAUGCGCAUGUCAUUUCGCAAGUCGACGACAAGUUCAUAUUAAUGAAACUUCCAGAUUUGGCAGGGUCGAAGUCGCAAGAGCUCGAUCGUUCUAGGCAGUUGCUGGUGCUGAUGGACCAACAUGCGGCAUCGGAACGCUGUAUCCUCGAAGUGCUACUCAGAGAACUCUGCAUACCGGCUCAAGGGACUUCAGUCAUCAAAUCCAAACUUGGCUGUAUAUCCAGUAUAAUCACGAAUCCGGUAAACAAGCCGCUACAUUUUCAAAUUCCAUUGGAAGAAGAAGCAUUGUUCAGAGCUCACGCUGGAAAUUUUGCACACUGGGGCAUCCUCUACGAUAUCAUUUUGCAUACACCAGAGCCGCCUCGCCUGAACAUCUUGACAUUACCACCAGGAAUAUCUGAACGCUGCAAAGCCGAUCCAAGGAUACUCAUCGAGCUUCUUCGCGGCGAGAUAUACACGCUUGCUGAGAGCAGCAGCAAAAACAUCACUCAUCUGGACUUGGCAGAUACAGAUACGAAUCAUGCAUGGCUCAGACGUCUUGGCUCUUGUCCCAAAGGGUUACUCCAACUUUUAAACUCUCGUGCUUGCAGAAGUGCCAUCAUGUUCAAUGAUAAAAUGACUCUUGAGCAAUGUCAGCGAUUGGUGGAAGAGCUUGCCGGAUGCGCCUUUCCGUUCAUGUGUGCGCAUGGAAGAAACAGUAUGGUGCCGUUAGUCUAUGUUGGCGGAGAAGAUGGGUAUACGCAGGAGAGCUUGGGUGGGUUUGGUGGAGAGGAAGAGAGAAGCGGAGGAUUUGCGAGCGCUUAUAAGAGGUGGAGAAAGAAGGCUGAAUGA